UCACUUCUGACAGAUGCGACAGCAACGCUGAGGGAUAAGGACUAAAGCAGAAAGAAUUUGUCUUUCAUCCAAACAGAAAAGGAAAAGCUAGUUACUUUAUUUACUCAGGCAUGUCAGAUGACAGUUGAGUUGUGAAUAUUUGCUAAUAUGAGGGGCAGUGUCACUUUGAGCAGCAAUGUUGCAACUUCAGUCCUUCUUGGAGGCUUUUUCGUGUGCGACUGACCAAUUUUGUUUAUGAAACCCAACCAUUGUGAGAAGGGGGUCGCUGUGCAGAGAUGGCUAUGGUUUGCCUGACAGACUUUGAGGAGUAUGCUAAAGAGCACCUCUCAAAGGCCACCUGGGAUUAUUACGCUGCUGGAGCGGACGAGUGCUGCACCCGAGAUGACAAUCUACUCGCCUACAAGAGAAUCCGCCUGAGGCCUCGUAUCCUGCGGGAUGUGUCGGUGAGUGACACCCGGACCACAGUGCAGGGGACAGAAAUCAGCUUUCCAGUCGGGAUCGCCCCCACUGCCUUUCACUGCCUGGCCUGGCAUGAAGGAGAGGUGGCAACAGCUCGAGCCACAGAGGCUCUGAACACCUGCUACAUCACCAGCACGUACUCCACCUGCUCAGUCGAGGAGAUUGUGGCAGCGGCACCGAACGGUUACCGCUGGUUUCAGCUUUAUGUGUACAGAGACAGGAAGCUGUCCGAACAGAUCGUGCAUCGUGUUGAGGGGCUGGGGUACAAGGCACUGGUGCUAACUGUUGAUGUCCCCUACACCGGAAAGAGACGAAAUGACAUCCGCAACCAGUUCAAGCUGCCUCCACACCUGAAGGUCAAGAACUUUGAUGGAGUCUUUCAGGAGACAGCAGGCCCUGAGGAGUACGGGAUCCCAGCCAAUACCUUGGACCCUUCCAUCAGCUGGAAGGACGUGUACUGGCUGCAGUCCAUCACCCGCCUGCCCAUUAUCAUUAAGGGGAUCCUGACCAAGGAGGACGCUGAGCUGGCCGUGGAGCAUGGCGUUCAAGGCAUCAUUGUGUCAAACCAUGGGGGGAGACAGCUGGAUGGAGGCCCGGCCUCGAUUGACGCUCUGUCAGAGAUCGUGGACACAGUGCAGGGCCGAAUCGAGGUCUAUCUGGACGGAGGAAUCAGGACAGGAAGCGAUGUGCUGAAGUCACUGGCCUUGGGAGCAAAGUGCGUCUUCAUUGGCCGUCCAGCCGUGUGGGGCCUUGCUUACAAGGGUGAAGAAGGCGUGAGAGAGGUACUGCAAAUCUUAAAUGAUGAGUUCCGUUUGUCCAUGGCUCUGUCAGGUUGCAGGAACGUGGCAGAAAUCAACAGGAACCUCAUUCAGUUCUCUAAACUCUAACAGACCAGCAGAGGGCAGCACUGAGGACAGUUACAUAACUAAAGGACUCAUUACUGAACAGAAACCACAAGAGCCUGAGACUCCAUCAUGACAGAGAGACUGAAAGAGCACAAAACUCAUGACUUGAUCAUGUCAGGAAACAUUUCAGCAACUUUGCAAAUCCAAUCUGUAAGCAUGUAAGAAUGUGAGCAUGUCACUGGGAAGCUGAGGGCUGGCGGUGGAUAAAGAAAGUGUAAGAAAGUGGGGAAUGAAAGUGAUUUUGCUGUGGGAUUGGAGGGGAUGAUGGAGGCAUUUACAGAAAGCCAAUCAUUUGGUUUGAUGUAACAGAUGCAAUAAUAAUGAUAACACACACUACAGCUAGAGAUGCUGCCAUUGUUGUGGUUAAAUAAAUGCCAGCUG